GGUACACAUCACAAAGUCACUCACCAAGGCUUGGGCUGCGACGCAUUUCCCAGCUCACGUUGUACAUUUGAAGCAGGUGUUGAGCGGUACAGUUGUUGGCUUGGUUUCACAGUUAGUUGCACCAACUUUUACGUGGGGCAGAGAGAUCAGAGACCAGCUUUGGCAUAUCAUCUGUGAAGCUGCAUCCAUCAUCCAUCAACAGUGAGACGUAAUUCGGAUUUUAUUUGCUGAAAAACAAGAGGAACAUUUUGGACACAUUCAGAAACUGCAAGAGAAAUCAAAGGACCAGUUGUGCACCGCAAAUCGGAUGUUAAAUGUAUGUUUCUUUUUUCAAUCUAAGUCAAAAGUGCUAAGACUGCCCUGGGCCUGAAAAGUUGAACUUUUGAAACGCAAUUUCUCGGAGCCGUGGUCUUCAAUAUGAGCAAGCCUGCUGGUUCAACAAGUGGUUGUCUGGAUAUUUUAAAUGUCAAAUCCAGUCGGAUUCUGGAUAUCCCGUGUAAAGUAUGUGGAGACCGAAGUUCUGGAAAGCACUACGGUGUUUAUGCGUGUGACGGAUGCUCGGGAUUUUUCAAGAGAAGCAUAAGAAGAAACAGAACGUAUGUCUGCAAAUCUGGCACACAGGGCGGCUGUCCAGUUGACAAGACACACAGAAAUCAGUGUCGCGCCUGUCGCUUGAAAAAAUGUCUUGAAGUGAAUAUGAAUAAAGAUGCUGUGCAGCACGAGAGGGGACCGAGGACAUCAACUAUUCGAAAGCAGGUGGCACUGUAUUUCCGAGGGCAUAAAGAGGUGAACGGUUCGUCGACCCAUUUCCCAUCCACGUCUAUCCCGGGGCCGCCGUUUUUCACUACAGUCACGCAGCUGGAGCCUCACAAUCUGGAGUUAAACACGGUCACAAGCACACCGGAAAGGCAGGCAAUUGUGGGACUUGCUCAGCCCACACCGAAGUAUCCUCAUGAAGUUAGCGGCACCCCCAUGUACCUGUAUGAAGUGGCGACCGAGUCUGUGUGCGAAUCAGCCGCGCGUCUGCUUUUCAUGAGCAUUAAAUGGGCCAAGAGCGUUCCUGCCUUCUCCACACUCCCUCUACCUGACCAGUUGAUCCUUUUAGAAGAUGCCUGGAGAGAACUGUUUGUGCUGGGUAUUGCACAGUGGGCCAUUCCAGUAGACUCCAGUACCCUCCUAGCUGUUUCAGGAAUGAACACGGAGAACACAGAUUCCCAGAGGCUCAACAAAAUAAUUUCGGAGAUCCAGGCGCUGCAGGAGGUCGUGACGCGCUUCAGGCAGCUCAGACUGGACGCGACGGAGUUUGCUUGUCUCAAGUGCAUAGUCACAUUCAAAGCAGUCCCAACACACAGUGGUUCGGAAUUGAGGAGCUUUCGCAACGCGAGUGCCAUUGCAGCACUUCAAGACGAAGCCCAGCUGACUUUAAACAGCUACAUUCACACCAGGUACCCCACUCAGCCAUGUCGUUUUGGGAAACUGCUGUUGCUCUUGCCUGCUCUACGUUCAGUCGGACCAUCCACCAUUGAAGAGGUGUUCUUCAAAAAGACCAUCGGAAACGUGCCCAUCACACGACUGCUCUCCGACAUGUACAAAUCCAGCGAUAUAUGAGCUACUGAGAGACAGAAAAAACAAAAUGUAUCGUUGACCUUGGCUUUCGCAUGGACGCUGGGACAAUGUGGACAAUACCAGAUGUCCUAUGUGACACAUCACGCACUUCUCUGGAGAAUAAAGCUCUACCAAUGUCAAGAUGUUUUACGCAGGGAAAUUAUAAAAACAGACAGACUCACUUGCUGCAAGUUGAGCUCACUGCUUAGAAAGAAAAAAACGAACUUUUAACCAGUAAUUUUCUAAUUGAUUUACUUUAUUUAAGUUCGUUUAUGAAAGUAACUUAACAAGUUUAAUCUGUUCAUGUUCUUUCAAGAUUUAAAUACAAAAGUAUCUUAGUUUGUAGUCAUAUAUUUGAAUGGGGUGUCCGUGAGGUUAUGUACAAUCAUUCAUUUCAAAAUAGGACGUGUAUGUCCACUUGACCAAGUACCUUUUUUGACCAAUGCUGUUUUGAAUUCAGCGCCACUAAUAUUCAUUUGUCAACAAGAAACCAAAAAUGACAAAGAGACCAUGAGGUAUGUUGCAGGGAAGUAGGUCGCUGUCCCUUUGACAUAGUGCUGAAAACCAAAGGCCCAUGAGUCAGAACUGAAGAGCAAGUUCAUUCCUGUUCUGCCUUCUGUAGUAGAAGCUCCAACUUUAAUCAAAAACACUUGAACCAACUAAUCGGGUUUACUUGAAAUGUUUGUUGAACAGUUGGAGUUAAACUCUGCAUGAAGGCAGCUGGAUUGAGCAUUCCUGACUUAAUGCAUCACAUAAUUACCUACUGAGGUGACUGAAAGGCCACAGCACCCACACCUUGUGACCUUAAUGUAAGAUUAGGAUUCACUGGCAGGGCAUCUAAAAUCCUUUGGAAAUAUUUUUGUUGAAUUUUCUGUGCACCCACUCUGCCAUUUUAAUUUUAUUGAUGUUUAAAAAGCUUGAUAAGUGGCCCAUGUCAGAGGUCACCAUUAAGUACCUUUGUUUAAAUAGCUACUAACCCUGGGAAAGAGACACAAUCAGCACUUGGAUUUUUUUGUAGUCUGUAAAUACAUUUCCUGUUGUACAGUGAUAAUUUUUGUGAAAGUUGUUCUAAGAUAUUAGAAUAAAUAUUGAAUAU